UCUAGACUUCACAGAAUGUUAGUGUUACAAAUGUCAAAUUGGCUGAGAAGACUUGCAUAAUCCACAUUUGGAUGUCCUACUUCUGAAUAAUUUGACCAAUCUUAAACUCUAGUCUUACUACAUGGUAGUGAUUCAUAAUGUUGGAAGAGGAAUAAAAGCACAGUGUAAAAAAGAUACCUGAUCCAAGAUGUCUGAGACUAUUUAUAUGGGGGGAAAAAAUUAAAAACUACAGCAUGACACGUAAGUUCAUGCAGAUACAAUUUUUAUACAUAUAUAAGCUCACUGAGGCAAGGACCUGCUUUUUGUCCUCUGUUUGUGCAGCACCUAGCCCAGUGGAACCCUGUUCCAUGUGUAGGGUUCCUAAGCACUACUGCAGUGCUGUCAGUCCAUAAUAAAUGUAGAGUUACGGAUGGUCACAGUAUUUGGGCAUCAAGCAGGAGUGGGAUUAAACUUUUUAAGAUGAAACAUAAACAGGCUGUCCACUAUUCUAAAUGUCUCUGCAAAACUGAGAAAUCAAAAUGGAACCCAUUUAAAGAAGCUGUAGUCUCAGAAAGCAGGAGAGGUUUUUUGCUUAUUAUGCUCCUAGUCAGGCAGAACAAGAAUUUCCCCACUGCUGAAAGGUGGCUCUGAGGAUACAGUGCAAAAUUUUACUCAUGUCUAAAGACACGAUGGACAAUUCUUUAUAAACCACCGACGUGUGAUGAUAAUCUUAUUGUUCAGCAUCUGCUGCUGGGCAUACCGAUUGCUGAUACAGAAGUUGUCCCAUUUUAAAGGGAACCAAAACUGAUCGUUAAAUGCCUGAGCUAGGCAUUUGCCCUCAGAGAAUUGAAUUGAUGUAACUGCUUGCACAACCGUUGGCUGUACUUAUUCAGAAUGAUCAACCAGGCUCUGUACUGUUUAUUGUCUUAAGAAUAAAUGUUAAUCUCUCCAUAGUACCUCUUUUAACUAUCUCCUUCAUACAAUUUAAUAGAAUUUGCCCAGUCUUAUAUUAGCUGAAUUAUUUGCAUCACAAAUCAUGAAUCUAACCGGUGGUUAUGGAACAGACUAAUAUUAAAGUGCACUGAAGUUUUCUCAAGCUCUUUUCUUGAGUUGGUUUCUUAUGUUAGGCCCUUGUCUCACAUAUAGAUCCUGAUUGCCUAACACAUUAAAACAGUUAAGGGUCUCUUGUCACUAGUUAAACAUAAUUCAAGGAAGUGCCAUGCAGGCUUCCCUGUAGAGCUUUCCCAGUGAAACUCACCAUUGCUCUUCCAGAUCUAGACUAGCACAUCUGCAUGUAUGUCCACACUGAGAAGCCUCUCUAUCUUGUCUGAUUUUCCAGCAUGAGAAAGAACUACUGAAAAUUCUAGUGAUACCUUUGUAGAUCCAAAGUGGACAAUAACACUGGUGGCUAUGAAAGCAGGGCAGGUGGUCUUCUAUGGCAUGGUAUUAAGUUGAGAUAAUGGACUGAUAUCAUUUUCAUUUAUGAAUGAAAAUUUGAAUCCAUAUUUUCAGGAGGAAAAUAUUAAUGUAUUAACACCCAACUUGCUGCUUAUUAAUGCUGAACACCAUGAAGCAAACAUGGUAUAGGAUAGGGUUCAGCAAGCAAAGCUUCAUUUUAUAUGAUAAUCAAAGUGCCCAGGUCAAGAACUCCUAAUAAAAGCUGAUAAUAGUAGCUUCUGCCUUGUUACUUUCAUUCCCAAGAACUUAAUGGGAGCAAAGAAAAUCAAUUACAGUUAAUUUACAAUACAGCUUAUUUUGUCAUUGUAAAUACUGGGUCAGAUUUGGCUUGUACUUAUUUGUACCUGUGCAGCUUCCCUGUCUUCCACAGAGCCUCAACAGUUUGAUUUUUAAAAUUUUAUUUUAGACUAGUGGCAAAGGCUUAGUGGAAACCUGGAGAACAUCCAGUAUCUCGUGUUGGGUUUGACACUCUAAGCUCUCCGGAAAUUAUAUAGCAAAAGUCAUAUGCAAGCAACACUUUUGUUGAUGGAAGAAUUUGCUGCUGUCUCUGAAACUUGGACUAUCAUAGCCACAAUGGGCUGUUGGCUUCAAGGUAACAUCUCCAGGCAGAGCAGAUGGCUGCUGCAGAAAAUACAACAGAUUUUUAUAGCAACUUAUCAUGCCACCAUGCCAUUGAUGACUUCCGAAACAAAGUGUACUCCACAUUGUACUCUAUGGUGACUAUUCUGGGCUUUGUUGGAAAUUGCAUUGUUCUGUAUGUCCUCAUAAAAACCUACCAACAGAAGACAGCCUUCCAGAUAUAUAUGCUUAAUCUGGCAGUGUCAGACCUCCUCUGUGUAUGCACACUGCCACUUCGAAUUGUGUAUUAUGUUCACAAAGGCAAAUGGUUCUUUGGUGAUUUCUUGUGCAGGCUCUCUUCCUAUGCACUGUAUGUCAACCUGUAUUGUAGCAUUUUUUUUAUGACAGCAAUGAGCUUCUUUCGCUGCAUAGCCAUAGUUUUCCCUGUCCAGAAUCUCAAUUUGGUAACUGAGAAAAAGGCUAAACUGGUAUGCAUCGGCAUUUGGAUUUUUGUCACCGUGACAAGUUCUCCCUUCCUGCUGAAUGGAUCUUACUCUUAUGACAACAAAACAAAGUGCUUUGAACCUCCAGAAAAUGCAUUGAAGACAAAUAUGGUUAUAAUCCUGAACUUGAUUGCACUGUUUGUAGGCUUCAUUUGCCCCUUUGUUGUCAUAACUAUCUGUUAUACCAUGAUCAUAAAGACCUUACUGAAAAAUUCAUUAAAGAAGAAUCAGGCUACUCGUCUGAGGGCUGUCUGGAUGAUAAUAGUUGUAACAGCUACUUUUUUGAUCAGCUUCACGCCUUAUCAUAUUCUACGCACAGUCCACCUUCAUGUUCUGAAGGGGAACAGCACCAACUGUGAUGCCAUAUAUUUGCAGAAAGCAGUGGUAGUGACCCUUCCUCUGGCAGCUUCAAAUUGCUGCUUUGACCCACUCCUCUAUUUCUUUUCAGGGGGCAAUUUUCGAAGGAGACUUACAACCUUUAGAAAGGCUUCCUCCUCCAGUGUGGUAGCAGGACUCAGGAGAAAUAUGUCCAUGAAGGACAAAGAUGGUGAACCAUUUAAAGAAAACUACAAAGGACAGAACUGAAAUGGAGUUGUUUCCUUUAUUUAUAAACUGAUUUGUUCCAUGCAAGGCAGGUUGGUGCAGACUCCCAGGAGGAUAUCAGUGUUUUAAAAACUUCCUCAGGAGAAAUGAACAAAGCAAAUACAUCUUCUCCCAAACUAAAUACUAUAAUAAUCAAAAUGGACAUAUUUCUAUUUAUACCAUUCGGAGCAACUACCCUUAUGGCUGUCAUUGAAGAGUUUAUUUUACCAUACUGCAGAGCACUGUGAAGGCAAUUCUGAAUUCCAAGGCACCAAAAACUGUAAAGAUUGACAUUGGAAUGGAUAGCACUAAGAAGACCACAGCACAGAGGCAGGCAGAUAAGCCAGUGCAAAUAGCCUCUUCAUGCCUUAUAUAUAGAUGUCACACAGACUGAUGGUCUGAAUUCCUGAGUAAGUGGGAAUUGCAAACAUUGGAUAUAAUAGGAGUUAGUAGAGCUUAAGAACAAAGGGAGAUGAGUGUGCAAUAAGUCCCAAAGCAGACAGUGAUUAAUGUAUACAGCACAAGCCAGGAAAAUUCCUUCUCUGUUUCCAGCUACCUCUCUGACUUAAUAUUCAGUGGUUUGGAGGUCUGUGGGUGGCAGAGCUAUCACAUUAGCUCUGUCUUAUUGCAUGAUCACCUUAUGCUGAAGUUACCUUCCAGUGGCCAGCUCUGCUGGCUCUAAAUUCAUUGUCUCCCACAGAGCAACACAAAGCAGCCACACCACACCAGAGAGUCUGAGCUGGUAUCUUCCUAAAGAGAAGUGUAUCUGUUCCUUCCUUUAUGCAUUUCCUGUGGUUUGUAGCUAAGUAAAUCGCCUGUGUAUGUUUCUUGCUUGCAUCUCCAAGCACUUUGGCACCAAGCCUGCUUAAAUUUAUCCUAAAGAUCUUUGCAGGACCGGGCCCUAUGUUUUUAAAUUUGGGAAAAGGGAGAGGAAUGGGUUCCCAAGUACUGACCUAAGCUCUUCUUUAAAGUAUUUUCUUUCUUGGGGAAAGCCUAGUAAAAGAGGAAUGAAUGGGAGAAGGAUAUCCUGAAUUGCCUCAGUAGCUUUGAGAGCAAUGCUGCCAGCAGUAUUAAACAUCCAUAAAUCAUCAGGCAUAUUUUUCAUGUCUCAUUUUUGCUCUGUUGUUUAGAAGGUGGGAGAAUGAGUAGGGAGCUCAUUCUUUCCUCACUGCAGCUCCCAAAUGUCCUUUCCUGUCUGUGUUGCACUGAAUCCCUUCAAAGACAAAUGGUAUACAGAUUUUUUAGAAGCUUUGUUGGACUGUUUUGCAACAAUCAAGUAUUUUUAGUGGGCAUUGCUGUUUCCUGCCACUCUCUUCUUCCCUGACCAUGCAUCAGAUGUUUUUCUGAAGUUGAAUUUCAUUUGCCCCAAACCAAGGGGAACCAUAGGUUCCUAUGACAUAAUACAUCAUAGGAUCCUAUGAUUCCUCUUGGUUCAGGGCAAGUCCAAGCCCCCUCUGAAUGCUGCUACACUGCAAUAAUGCCAGUAGAUAACUUAGCCCCAAACCUCAAACAUAGAAAGUGAAAUCCUAAAUCUGUUGAAAUCAAUGGGAGCUUGAUUACUGACUGCUAAAGCAGCAUGGUUUCAUCUUUAUUUGGGAAGAGAAAAAAACUGCCAUAUAGUGCUACCUCCUUCCAGGUUUACAGUGGUAAAAAGAUUAUUUUAGUCAAAUGAGAAAAUGAAUUACUAGAUUCUACAGUUCAUCCUGGCCUUACCUGCAAGUGUAGGAAUUCUCACAGACAGCAAUUUUUGCAGUCCAAGGAGGAAUAUUUUUUGUGGGAGUAGCUUAGGAGAUAGUACAUCAGCAGGUUCCAAGGCAUGGAGAUGCCUGUUGCUGGCGUGUUUAAGCUAAUCAAAAGGACAUUUAAAAAUGAUGAAAAUAGACAGUUAGGAAGCUCCUCUACUGAGCAUAAAAAGGUACCUGAGGAGGGCGCCCCUCCAAACAUACUCCUCUUUAAUUCUGUCUCUCUCCUACUCCUGUGCUAAGCAGUCAGAAGCCAAACAGCCCCCUCUCAUCCAUGCUUCUGUCCUGGAAAUAGGCUUUUGUUAAAUUGCCUCCUGCUGCUUUCUGGUCCAUAGGUGACUACUUAUAAAGUACUUUGAUGUGCAAUUUUCUCAUUCUCUGAAAGGGAAAAGAAAGGAGGCAGCAUGCUAGGAUGAGAGAAACCAAGUGACAAAGCAACCCAUGGGUGUCUUCUGGUUGUCUUAGACAUGUUAUAUACAUAGCUUCUUCACUUAAGCAGAAACCUCUUUGCUUGUAGCUCCAGCGUGAGACAGUUUUGCCUUAUACUAACUCAUGUUUGUGCUACCAUUAUGACUUCAUAUUUUCCAAAUGUUACUGGAGCAGGGUGCCUUCCAGGGGUGACCAUGAAGUCCCUGGAGGACUCUUUUUUCCCUGCUCUAUAUGUAGCCAUCCCUUCAUUCACCCACCAUGCCUUUUUGUAGGUUGUUAUUUAAAUAAGAAAGGCUUCCCUCGGGGUUUCCCAAGCCUGGUUUCACUCUAAUGACCACCAGGUGUCCGUGGUUAUUACCUUACUUAAGAGCUAAUUGUAUGCCUCCAUCUGUGCCACACCCCAUGCUUCAUGGGUGUUAUCACUUGCUGAUGUCACCUGAGCUCAUGCCAAUGCUCUCAGCCUCUCUCUAGACCCCAGGAUUCCCUGGUCUCCCACUUAGUCCCUCUCUGGGCUCCCAGACCCUCUGGUUCCACACUCUGCCUGUCUCUGGGCUCCAGGACUCCUCUCAUCCAUGCUCUGCCCCUCACUGGAUCUUGGACUGUCUGAUCCCCCACACUGCUCCUCUUAGGCUCCUGGACCCUUCAGUCUCACACUCUGCUCCUCUCUGGGCUCUUGGAUGCUCUGGUUCCACUCACUCUCUCUUGGCUCCUGCCCUGCUGACACAAGCCACACCUGUGGGCUUGAGCUCUCUCAGUUCCUCUCUAGGUUCUGGUCUCACACUCCAGCCCUCUUGGGCUCCUGGACUCCACUGGUCACCCACACUGUUCCCCUCUGGGCUUCUGGACCCUUAGGUCCCCUAGAAAUCUCUUCCUGGUGCUUUUCUGUCAGGGUGUUUUCCCCUAGCCUUUCCCCACCACAGGGUAACUCACAAGGCAGUAGAAGCUAGGGUUUUGGGGCACCCCAUAAUCACCAUUCCCUGUGGUUUGUCACCUGUGGCACUUUAUAGUGCUACCCUGCUAUAAGAAGCUCCACCACUGUGACCCCAAGCCCCGGUAGGGUGCAGUUUUCAGUCUUACCUAGGACCAUCUUCUAGGUUCUACCCUUGCCCCUCCUGGGCUAUGGGGUCCUUGGACCCCACUACUGAUGUGACAUGCCCCUUCCAGCCUGCAGACUUCCAGCCUUCACUCUUUGCCCCUCUUCAGUUACAAACCUCUGGGCCCUCUGGCCCUGCUCACACUUCUCACUCCAGGGCUACCCUGGACCCUCUGGACACUCACUCAGCCAGUCUCUCACUCAGCCCCUCUCUGGGCUCCUGGACCCCACUGACCUCAUUCUCAGCCCCUCUCCAGGCUUCUGGACCCUUUGGCCCCAUACUCAGCCCCUCUCUGGGCUCCUGGACUCCCUUAGUAGGCCUUCAGGGACCUCCUCCUUCCCAUAGUCCCUUCCCAAACCUGUACUCUCCAUGUUGGGACUCAGAAGCUCCUGCCAUCCUGCUCUAGAGAUGUUCUCUUCGCAACCUCCAAGAUAUACUGCUAGCUUGCCUUAGGAUCUGAGUUUAUAUCCAAUCUAAGCCCAACCUUCCCCUAAUCAGGUGAGGUUCUCAUUAGCCAUCAUGGCUAUCUGCCAGUUACUUCGCAAGCUACCUCCCUCUUAAAAUGGCAGACACCUUGAGCUUCCUGCCACAGUUACGAUUUUCCAGAUUAGAUAUUUGGUUAUCCAAUAGGAUAUCAAGCUAGUGUAAAUAGAAGUUAAUAUAACUUAAGGGAGAGCCACUUACAUAAUACAUUGCUUUGGAAUGUGGCUGACUCAGUGGGACCAGUGCAAUGAAGUUGUUAUUAAAUCAGAAACUUAUUUAAACCUGUUACAGAAUAUAAGACCUAGGGACAGACAUUCAAAAAGGCUGAGUCUGAAUUGAUUGAAUCUUUGCAGGUUAGUCUAACCUGGCUAGGCUGAACCAGUUUGCAAUUGUAAAGGCAUUCCCUCUGGACUGAAGAAAAUGCAGGCACAUGCCUACAGUGGCUCAGGCUAGAAGUUGGGGGUGCUAGAGCAGCCCUCCCUUCUCUUCUACAGUGCUGGGCUGAGGGGAGGUGUGGCCAGGCCCUGGCAGGACAGUCUGAUUAGGGAGGGGUUCCUGGCCCCGCCCCCCCUGGCGCUCACGGCUCCUGACCAGUGAGGAAGCCAGCAGGGAGUUGAUAACACAGCAUUUAUAACACAAGAUUUAAUGAAAUCUUGUCAUUUCCAUCAAGAAAACAAAACCUCUCUCAUUAGUUCAAGCUCUUCUUAAACAGCUCUUUCCAAGGAAGGCGUGGAGGGAUAUUACCAGCUGUUCUGUUGAUUUGCUCCAAAAAGCCCUAAGUAGACAUUGCUUUGUCUGUCUUUGUCCCAGUGAAAUUGGAGACACACACAGACACCUUUCAGCAUUAGUAUCUCAAGCUAUUAAAGAUGAUGUCACUAGUUCAAUUGUGAAAGUAUAGAUUGCACUGAGCAGGUAUAUUUCAAAGUAUGUGUUAAAUGCUAUAUAGAUUAUAUAUAAAAUGCAAAGUAUUGUUUAAUUGUACAGUAACAUAUUGUACAGUAAAGCUAUAUGUAUAACAAGUUUUAUUUCAACAUCUUGUUUUCUUGUUUUCAGUACAACAAUGAUAAUUAUUAGAAAACGUACCUAGAUCUGUUUUUGUAUGAAAGAAGAAUUUGUAUUUACAAAAUAAGAAUGAACAAAAUUAAAUGGAAAAGUUGCAAUUUGCAUUUUUAAAAUUGC